AUGUUCUUCAUCACCCUGGUGUGUGCUACCCCAGGGGCCAGGCAGCUUUCGCAAGAAGAUGCGCAAAUGCAACAAGGAAGGCAAACGCAAGAAGAUAGGCAAAUGCAACAAGGAAGGCAAGCGCAACAGGGAAGGCAAACGCAACAAGAUGCGCAAAUGCAACAGGGAAAGCAAACGCAAGAAGAUAGGCAAAUGAAUGAAGAUAGGCAAACGCAAGGAAGGCAAGCGCAACAGGGAAGGCAAACGCAACAAGAUGCGCAAACGCAACAGGGAAGGCAAACGCAAGAAGAUAGGCAAAUGAAUGAAGAUAGGCAAAUGAAUGAAGAUAGGCAAACGCAAGGAAGGCAAGCGCAACAGGGAAGGCAAACGCAAGAAGAUAGGCAAACUCAAGGAAGGCAAACGCAAGAAGAUAGGCAAACUCAAGGAAGGCAAGCGCAACAGGGAAGGCAAACGCAAGAAGAUAGGCAAACUCAAGGAAGACAAGCGCAACAGGGAAGGCAAACGCAAGAAGAUAGGCAAACGCAAGGAAGGCAAGCGCAACAGGGAAGGCAAACGCAAGAAGAUAGGCAAACGCAAGGAAGGCAAGCGCAACAGGGAAGGCAAACGCAACAAAAGUAA